AUCAAGUGGACAGGUCGAGCUCAGCAGCUGUAGUUGUAUUUCCUCCAGAUUAAGUCUAGUGCUGGUUUUCAGUUGAGUUUAUAUACAGUGUAAGUGCUGACCGAGGCAUGGCCCUUCUUACCAACGGAGCGCAGAAUCUGGGCUCCUAUUACUGCCUGAUCCGACGCAGGUUCAAGAGGAGGCGCAAGAAACGCUCCGAGCGCAAAGGUGCAGUGGGGGCAAGGCUGCUCUCAGGUCAGAUCAAACCCGUAGCCAUGGAUGUGGAUGAGGAGGAGAAUAUGAGUUCGAGCAGCACAGAUGUUAAGGAAAACCGAAACCUGGACAACGUGUCCUGCAAAGAUGGGGUGGGAGUGGCUGAACAGCUCCCCAAUGGAAGCGGCCUUGGCAGUCGCAAACGUCCCCUGGAAGAGGGGAACAAUGGGCACACACACUCCAAGUUCCGGGCCAAGAAGCGCAAGAAAACGCCGGGGCCGGUCCUGCCCAAGAAUGCUCUGAUGCAGUUGAACGAAAUCAAACCGGGUCUACAGUACAAACUGCUGUCUCAGACGGGACCAGUACAUGCACCAGUUUUUGUCAUGACUGUUGAGGUCAAUGGACAGAUGUUUGAGGGCAUGGGCCCCACUAAAAAGAAGGCCAAAUUAAAUGCAGCAGAGAAAGCCCUGCGUUCCUUCGUCCAGUUCCCCAAUGCCUCUGAGGCGCACUUGGCCAUGGGUCGAACACUGACAGUGAACACAGACUUUACAUCUGACCAAGCCGACUUCCCUGACAUGCUCUUCAAUGGCUUUGAAACGCCAGCCGCACCUGAAGAGGCCUUCUUUCUAGGCUCCAAUGGUAACAGCUCCUUAAACUCAUUAGGGGAGUACCCACUUCCCACACCUCCUGGCAGCAACCUUGUCCAGGCCCCAUUGCCCCCUCUGUCGAUAUUCAGUUCCCCUUCCAGUGGUAAAAACCCAGUCAUGAUCCUCAAUGAGCUCAGGCCAGGCCUCAAGUAUGACUUUGUCUCAGAGAGCGGGGAAAGUCAUGCCAAGAAUUUUGUGAUGUCAGUAACGGUGGAUACACAGAUGUUUGAAGGCUCAGGGCGCAACAAGAAGCUGGCUAAAGCCCGGGCAGCGCAGGCCGCCCUCUCUACUCUCUUCAACAUGCAGCUAGACCAGACACCAUCCCGGCAACCCAUUCCGAGUGAGGGAUUGCAGCUUCAUCUACCCCAGGUUCUGGCUGAUGCAGUCUCUCGUCUGGUGGUGGAUAAGUUCAGCGAGCUGACAGAAAACUUCACCUCUCCACAUGCACGGCGGAAAGUCCUAGCAGGGGUCGUCAUGACUACAGGGACCGAUGUGAAGGAAGCACAGGUCAUUUGUGUUUCCACAGGAACAAAAUGCAUCAACGGUGAGUACAUGAGUGACCGCGGGCUGGCCCUCAACGACUGCCACGCUGAGAUAAUCGCCCGACGCUCGCUCAUCAGGUACCUCUACACCCAGCUAGAGUUAUUCCUCAGCAAAGACGACAACAACAAGUCGAUAUUCUUGUCGUGCGAAAAGGGAGGCUACAAGUUAAAGGACAACAUUCAGUUCCACCUCUACAUCAGCACCUCGCCCUGCGGAGAUGCCAGGAUCUUCUCUCCACAUGAGGCCGGAGUAGAAGACCUAGGGGACAGGCAUCCCAACAGGAAAGCACGGGGCCAGUUAAGGACCAAAAUUGAGUCGGGGGAGGGCACCAUCCCUGUGAGGUCCAGCAACACCAUCCAGACGUGGGACGGGGUGCUGCAGGGGGAGAGGUUACUCACCAUGUCCUGCAGUGACAAGAUCGCAAGGUGGAACGUGGUGGGCAUCCAGGGCUCUUUGAUGAGCUACUUCACAGAGCCUAUCUACUUCUCCAGCAUCAUCCUUGGCAGCCUUUACCACGCUGACCACCUCUCCAGAGCCAUGUACCAGCGCAUCGCAGAUAUUGAGGACCUGCCACAGCAGUUCAACCUCAACAGGCCUCUGCUCAGCGGUAUAAGUAAUGCAGAGGCCAGGCAACCAGGCAAGGCACCCAACUUCAGCGUGAACUGGACGGUGGGUGACCAGACGAUGGAGGUGAUCAACGCGACCACAGGCAAGGACGACAUGGGCCGCGCUUCACGUCUCUGCAAGCAUGCGCUAUACAGCCGCUGGAUGCGCCUGCACUCCAAGCUCUCCUCUGUCUUGUGGGCGAAGGUGCUGAGGCCCAUUUCAUACCAUGAUGCCAAGCAGGCAGCCACAGAGUACCACUCUGCAAAGUUGGCGCUCAUCAAGGCCUUCCACAAGUCGGGCCUGGGGGCCUGGGAAAAGCCCAUCGAGCAAGACCAGUUCGGCCUGAGCUCCUGAGGGAGUCAAGGGACCAACGGAUUCCUAAACCCUCCACUCCUUCCCCCCCCCCCCCCCCCCCGACCCAGGCCUGAAAGCAAGAGAGCCCCCCUAAUACCAACCAGAGACACUUACCUCCGUCCCAUGUGUCGGCACGCACGUGCAGUUUGUAAUCGUGGAAAUAAACGUGCGUAGUUUCACAAACCAUCCAUCGCUCAUUACUCUCAUUCCUCAGAGGACCUCGGCCUCGCCAUGUCUUUUCUCAUAAUAUUGUUUGUUGUCCUUUUUUUAAAUUUGAUUUGUAACGGAUGAUUCCAGCUCCUUGUUUUUAAAACUGGAUAUUAUGUUUUAUGUAGUUGAUGUGGAAGUUGAAAUUAUGCAGUUUUGUCUACUUUUUGCAGUGUAGCCAGUUCAGGGUAGCCUAAGAAAACGGGAUCUUUUCUUAACUAAAAGACCAACGUGUAUGGACCACGGGGAAAAAUGUGCUAAAAUGAAUGACAAACUUUAAUUUAAGGAUGCAUAAAAUCUUCAGGAUGUAAAUGUAGUGCUGAAAAGAAAGAGAGCAUAGUUAUAUAACGUUUAAUGUGUGUUAUUUGCUUCCGUUCCUUUAGAUGAUGUUCUUAGAUCCUGUAUUAAAAAUGUUCCAAAAAUAUUGUGACCCCUGUUUGAUUCACUGACUGGAACACACAGGCUAGCAGUUUAGCACUCUUUUUUGUUUUAUUCCUUUUUUGUCUUGCAGAAUUUGUGCAUAAGUUAUUUUCUGUCACACUCAUCUCAUACUUGAACAGUGGUGGGGGUCUCCACUCCUCCCCUGGCCUGGGUCUUUGGGACGAGCUUUGGGAGGCGCUGCACGUUGUAUUUUUUCCAUGAUCUAAGCCAUGGCUUUGCAUGGGAACUGAACUGGGAGGCCUACGGAGCAGAAACCCCCACUGCGGAGAGCCCGUGCGCCCCAGCAGUGAAUGAUUUCUGAAUGAAUGCCAGCAUCUUCCUCCACAGGCAGCUUUGAAUCUCUAUUGUCUCUAUUUUCUAGAUUUCCUGUGAUUGUUUGUCUGUUUUUGGAAGGACGGGACCUUUUUGUUUUUGUUUCUUAAAAUUGGGCAUUUGAGGAUUGGGGAUGAUACUGCAGUGAAAAGCAGACCUUGUGGCAGGGUAGGUAAACUCUUAAAAGAUGAUCUUUGUGCUGUAGUGCCACAUACGGGACGCCACAUUAUACCAGUCUGUAGUGAAAGGCUGAAAUGCAAACAUGUGUCAGGAUUGGAGAGAUUAUGCUUCUAUCUGCUCGAUUUACAACCAAAUGUGUCACAGUGUGAUGUCAUUCUUCUCUUCUACAUCUACGGGAUGGGAGCACGUUAGUAGUUCAAAGAAGACCUUCGCCCUGAGUGCAUAAAUGUAUUUUAAACUCUGUGGACAUACUUACCAAGUAACUGCGGUCAAUUCCUAUUCCCAGCUGUAGGAAAUGUAUGUAUGUAUGUGUGUGCAAUCUACAGUAUGUGUGAUGUCUUCAAGCAUACUCUGUGGAAUUAAUCUUCACCAAAGAUGAUGUCCAUUUGUGUUUCCUGCCCCUCCUUUCUUUUUUUAAAUCACUGUUUUUGUAUAUCUGCUGAAAAAUGUACCUUUUGCGAGAAAAACUGUGUAUAACAUUCGAUAUUUUGGGGGGAAAUGAAAUUGCCCGGCUUCUUUAGUGCAUCUGUCGCGUGUAUAGUGUGACCUGCGAUCAUUAUUGCUGCAGUGUAGUAAUCUCUGUAUAUAAUGAGCAACACAAAUGAUUCCCUGUACAAUCAGCUCAUCCUGAAAAAAAAUGACCCUGUUGCUGCGGGGGGGUUGUGAAGAUGUUAAAAGUAUUUGUGGUUGUGUGUGUCACCAGGCACCGUAACAGUAUGGCACUAACACUGCCGGGGUUAACAGGCUUCAUCCCCAUUGUAGCCACCGGGGAAAAAAAAUAUAUGCACUGUAAGGUGUCUCAGCUACAAGUGGCAUCCACAAGCUGGCACGUGUGAUGUCAUAAGUGUUUUUUACUUGGAUUUCAGUCAGUAUUAGGAAAGCAGGAAGUAGAAAAACUGGAUUGUAGAAUUAUUUAUUUUUUUAUCCAAAGCCCCGCCCCCUCCCCUUUUAGGACAUAUAGUCCCAAACCAAAGUCACAAGCAAUACUCCUGAUGUCUCCUUUAAUGUCACCGCAUCACAAACAGGAGUUACCCCUUUUCCCAUUCACUUUUUCUUUCUCUCUCCCCUCCCCCAAAGACUGCCUGCUUUUAGAUUUUUUUUUUUUUUUUACCAGGUCUUUUUUUUUUUUUACUGCACUAAAAGAUGUCAAAUGAUGAUGUCAUGAUAAAAACCCAUCCCCGUUUCCGGAUUAUGGAUGGCAACUAUCACACAACUAAAACUGCUUCUGCUUAAUAACCCCUUUGUGAAUCCCCGAUGAUGGUCAGUGCCCCCCCUACACCACCCACCCCUCUUUGGCCAUGCAGCUGCGUCUGUAGUUGGUUUUUUUUCUUGUUUUUUAUUUUUUAUUUGCUGGUGACUCCGGAGUGGUCGGUGUUUGUCCGCUCAGUGUUUCCUGACAUCGCCGCUCUCCAGUUGUCCGCUGUACGAAAAAGUCCACCAACAAGAAAAACCCACAACCUUGCAUGUUACCGACACUGAAGCUGCACCUAGCAUGAUGACACACUUUUAAAGGACUCCAGUAGGAAAAAAAACGUUAAAAAAAAAGCUAAAGAUAGAUAUAUAAAAUGAACAAAAAACAAUAAAAGAGUUCUUAGUUUA